UAACCUCAACAAAUAAAAACCUUGGGUUUAUAUAAACUGAUUCAUUAAGCAAACUAAAACAUUAAAAUAUUCAACUAUUAAGCUAAGAAUCUGUGUUAUCAAUUGUUUCUUUAAUUACUAUUAUACUUUAAUGUGCUAACAUGAAUAUAUCCCGGCAUCUAUGUAUAUUCCGCCAUCCUAUCUUCAACAAAAACAUUUGCCGAAAAUUUCGCUUUUCGUCAACAAAUUACCAAUCUACACAAACCGCGCAACCUCGGGUCGUGGAAGAGAAAUUCAAUUUUGAAGAUUUGAAAGUUUUAGAACGGCGAGAGCGCAGGAAAGCAAAGAUACGGCCAUUCAUGAAAGACGUCUUCGUGUCUACGUAUAAUAAAGAAUUACUGGCAUAUCCGGAGAUUUUGAAUAAAGAAGAGUCUGAAGCUUUGGACGAACGCGCCGCGGUCUUGGAUAAGAUAUUUUCUGACCCAGAAAAAAGUAAAACAGACCGUCUUAAUGCACUGAAAGGCACCAAAAUGUAUGCAGCGCCAGUCGCUCUGACAAACGAUGGAUUGGCGGCAAAUUGUACCGAAUUAAUCCGUUAUUUGGAGGUCAUAGCCUCGGAUAUAUCUUUAGGGCAGGAAAUAAGUGACCAUUGGGUGGGUUUAGAGGUUUUAAAGAAGGGUUUAUUAGAUGAACAGUUGCAGCAAAUAAUAUCUGAUUUGACAAAUGGAGAACACACCAUAACUUUGGCUAUUAAAGAGAAAAUUGCUGAAAGAGUCACACAGGCUGAUUUCAGGACUACUGCUGAGUUGGAUGGACAAAAUGUAUGGAGAAUAUCUGGUGAGAAAAUUUGCCUUAAUUCAAACGGAUACUUCCUGGUGCUGUGCUGCAUCGAAGGCUCCAGACUGAAGGCGUACCUGGUCCAUCCAGGGGCAGAAGGCGUCAGUUACGAAGCCGGUGUUGCUAUCUUUAGAAAAACUCCAGGUACUCCUCUUGACCAAAUGACAGAGCAAGCCCUGGCGCAAACUCUCGGUCUGUCUCGCCUCCACGCAGCUACUCUGUGCCGGAUCACUUUAAAAAAAGCUAUGCACUCCUGCGUUGAAUAUAUACAACCUAGAACAUUCUCUGGUAAGCCACUCUCGGAGGUGUCGACCAUUCGGUCCGCUAUUGGCGACGCCUUACUUGAUAUAUAUGCGUGCGAGAGCGCUGAAUACUUCACAGCUGGACUCCUGGACGGCUACCUGGAACCGGAUGCGGAACUCGAGAUGGCAAUGUGCAGAAACUUCAUCUCAAACAACGGACUGUUUGCAAUACUCAAGUUACUGAACAUCUCAGCUCUGGAGAAGCAGCAGGAGUGUGAGGACUUGCUAAAGGAUCUGAGGCACUUAGCUACAUAUGGAGAGAACCUGGACAGUGUUAAUAUGUUUAUUGCAUUGAAUGGCAUACAUCACGCUGGUAAGGUGAUGUCUGAAGAAAUAAAGCAAAUGAGGAAUCCAGUAUUGAAUCCAACGUUUAUAUUUAAGAAAGUUCUCGCCAAUAGAAAGCAGGAGAAAGACGACCCGACACUAGAUCUGUUCUUGGCCGAACACCUGCACCCAACGCUGCGUCCGACCGCUGAACAGCUGGAAUACUGCGUGCUGCGAAUAAAAUACGCCUGCGAGACACUAAUGAGCAGGCACGGAGUGAAAGUGGCGAGUGCAUACACAGAACUUAGCAGAUUGGCUGAAGCUACCACUGAAAUAUUGGCCAUGACAGCUGUCCUAGCUAGAGCGUCCAGAUCGUACUGCAUCGGAGUGAGGAACGCGGAAUUGGAAAUGAAAUUGGCCUCGUGUUUCGUAAACAAAACCAAAGACAAAGUCCGGAAACUCAUAUUAGAGAUCGACGAUGGGGAAUACUUAAAUCUAGAUCACUUUAGAGUAGCCUUCGGCAAGAAGGUCCUGGAUACGAAUUCUGUGAUCGUCGAGAAACCAACCACUAGAGUCUUUUGGUAGGACUGUACAUCCCAUAAAACUUCAUAAUGGAUUUACAUUAUUUUGUUUAAUUCCGCUGCCAUUAUCAUGUGUGAGACCACAAAUAUUCAUCACUUCUGAGUAGCAUUCGGUAAGAGUGUCCUG